UAAUAGGUUUGAUACAGCUGGAAAGUAGCAUUGGAAACCUAAACUGUCUUGAUUUUACUCUUAUCAGCGGUCACAUUUUUUCGUUAGUAACUUGCAAGAGCAUCAGUCAUCGCCUAACAUGGGAGACACGCUGGAGUUCAACGAUAUCUACCAGGAAGUCAAAGGUUCAUGGAAUGAUGGGCGACUGCGUUUCAGCAAACAAAAUGUGGUUUAUAAGAGCAGCAAGACGGGGAAGGUGGACAGCAUCGCGGCUACUGAUCUCAGCCUGGCUCAGUGGAGGCGAGUGUGUUUAGGUCACGGCAUCAAACUUGGUACCAGCACGGGCCACGUAUACAAAUAUGAUGGCUUCAGGGACACGGACUUUGAGAAGAUUUCAGAGUUUUUCAAGGCUAACUACAAAGUGGAGUUGACAGAAAAGGACAUGUGUGUGAAGGGCUGGAACUGGGGAACAGCCAAGUUUUCAGGGCCACUUUUAUCGUUCGACAUUAAUGACAACACAGCGUUCGAAAUUCCGCUGUCCAACGUUUCCCAGUGUGCUACAGGGAAGAACGAAGUCACCUUGGAGUUUCAUCAGAAUGACGACACAGAGGUCUCUCUAAUGGAGGUCCGAUUCUACGUCCCGCCCAGCCAAGCUGAUGAAAGACAAGACCCUGUGGAGGCAUUUGCCCAGAACGUGUUGUCUAAGGCUGAUGUGAUCCAGGCCACAGGAGAUGCUGUGUGUAUCUUCAAGGAGCUGCAGUGUCUCACGCCUAGAGGAAGGUAUGACAUUCGUAUCUACCCGACAUUUCUUCACCUGCAUGGUAAGACUUUUGACUACAAGAUUCCCUACACCACCGUCCUCCGUCUCUUCCUCCUGCCACACAAGGAUCAGAGGCAGAUGUUCUUCGUGAUCAGUCUGGAUCCUCCCAUCAAGCAGGGUCAGACACGUUAUCACUUUCUCAUUCUGCUCUUCUCUAAAGAAGAGGACAUUAACCUUACCCUCAACAUGAGCGAGGAGGAUGUGGAGCGGCGCUUUGAAGGAAAACUCAGCAAAAAUAUGUCAGGGUCUCUUUAUGAGAUGGUCAGCAGGGUGAUGAAGGCCCUGGUCAACCGCAAGAUCACUGUACCUGGAAACUUCCAAGGUCAUUCUGGAGCUCAGUGCAUCACCUGUUCCUAUAAGGCAUCUUCAGGCCUCCUCUAUCCUCUGGAGAGAGGCUUCAUCUAUGUCCACAAGCCCCCCGUCCACCUGCGUUUUGAGGAAAUCUCCUGCGUCAACUUUGCCAGAGGCACCACCACAACACGUUCCUUUGACUUUGAGAUUGAGACCAAGCAGGGAAACCAGUACACUUUCAGCAGCAUUGAGAGAGAGGAGUAUGGAAAACUGUUUGACUUUGUUAACGCCAAGAAGCUCAACAUCAAGAACAGAGGGUUCAAAGAGAAGAAGGGCAUGAAGGGCAACAUCGACGAGUACAGCGAUUCAGAUGAAGACCAGCAUGAUGCCUAUCUAGAGAGGAUGAAGGCUGAGGGCAAGAUCAGAGAAGAGGGCAAUGACAGCGAUGAAUCAGAUGGUGGAAGCGAUGAGUCGUUCAACCCCGGAGAGGAAGAUGAUGACAUUGCAGAAGAAUACGACAGCAACGCCACGGCAAGCGACAGCAGUGAAGAAGGAAACGAAAGUGAAGAUGAAAGCGCAAAGAAGAAAAAAGCCAAAAAAGCCAAAGUGGUGAAAGAGAAAAAGGAGAGAAAGCCACGCAAAGAGAAGAAGCAGAAGGAUACUGGUGGUCCAAAGAGGCCGAUGAGUGCCUACAUGCUUUGGCUGAACAACAGUCGAGAGCGAAUCAAGUCGGAGAACCCUGGCAUCUCCAUCACAGAGAUCUCAAAGAAGGCUGGAGAGAUGUGGAGACAGCUCAGCAAAGCUGAGAAGGAGGAGUGGGAAACAAAGGCAGGGGAAGCAAAGAGGCAGUAUGACAAAGCAAAGAAGGAGUACAAAGAGAGCGGAGGAGGGUCAGCUUCAAGUUCCAAGAAGGAAAGCAAAAAGUCUGGAGGCAAAAAAGAUGAAAAGAAGAGAAAGUCUGCUGGCGCAGACAAGGAUAGGGAGCGUGGAGGAGGUAACGACAGCUUCAAGAGCCGAGAGUUCAUCGAGACCAGCGAGGAGAGUUCCUCAGACUCUGACCGUAAGAGCAAGUCCAAGAGGAAGAAGAAAUCGGAUGAUGAGGAGGAAGCAGCUGUGUCUACGCCUGCCAGCUCAGAGGAAGAUUCUGACUAAACAAACACUUACAGAUUAUACACACAAACCAAGGACCAACCAUUUAUACACUGUUGAUUUCCAGCAAACUUUGAGUUGUAUCUUUCUUCAACAUGUUUUGUUUUAAGAGUACAAACUCAAAUGUUGACCAAUCUGGAAACUCAGCUCUUAUGGGUUAUUUGAGCAGGUCUGCUACUGACAGCUCAGUGAAUUGAUGGGAUCUGCCAUUUAACUGUUUUCAUGGUUUUACCAUCCAACUCUUGAGAUUUGUUGUUAGAUGAAUAAUGCUGGGGUUUGUAGGAGUAAAUAGCUGAUUCAUGUUGAACGUAAGGAGUAGCAGAGUUUUGUUCCUCCCAGGUAGUUCUUUUUAAAAACAGCCAUUUUUGUGUUUUGAAGUUUUAUGUUUUCAGUAUGAGGUAAAUGAUUUUCAAUAAAUCUUCGCUUUGUU